AUGGCGCGACCAACCGGCCUCAUCGCAACGAAGGGCAUCGAGCUGCUCACCUGCCCCACCCCCAACGGCUUCAAGGCGACCAUCCUGCUCGAGGAGCUCAAGGACGCCUAUGGCCUGGAGUACACCUCCCAGAACAUCAACAUCGGCCUGAACAUCCAGAAGGAGCCCUGGUUCAUCGCCGUGAACCCCAACGGCCGGAUCCCCGCCAUCGUCGACCACGACAACGGCGGACUGGCAGUGUUCGAGGGCAACGCCAUCCUCGGAUACCUCUCCCGCCGCUAUGACACAGAGAACCGCUUCUCCUUCGCGGUAGACGAUGACGACUACACCCGCGCAGAGGCCUGGAUCGGCUGGCAGCACGGCGGUCUGGGACCGAUGCAGGGCCAGGCGAACCACUUCGUGCGCUACGCCCCGGAGAAGAUCCCCUACGGCAUCCAGCGCUACGUGGGCGAGUCGGAGCGCCUCUACGGCGUGCUGGACGCCCGCCUCGCCGACCGCGACUUCGUCGUGGGGCCCUCACGCGGCAAGUUCAGCAUCGCAGAUAUCGCUCUGCUCGGCUGGGUGGAUAACUCGCGCAACGCGGCCCUCGACCUGAGCCAGUUCCCCAACGUCAAGGCGUGGUUCGGGCGCUGCACCGACCGCCCGGCCGUGAGGCGCGGGCUGGCGCUGCCUGCGCCCUUCAGGACGUCGCUGCUCAAGGAGCUGGACCCCGCGGCUGUGGAGGCCGAGGCGGAGGUGAAGAAGCUGGUUGAUGGUGCGAAGGAGAAGUAUGGGUACAAGUACACCUCGCCUUGA